GGAGGGGGCGUCUAGGAAUUGUCGGAAGUCGCAAGUGAGCAGCGCAACUAAAAUACAACUUAAUGUUAUUGACUUUGCCUAUGGUGGUACAAACUGUGUGAACGCGAAGCUGGGACGGUGGACUCAUUGGAGACGAAGCCAUGACAGCGAAGGUAACCGAAUAACCGCUGGACAUCGAGCUGUUCUCUGCUGAGGUUCCCUGCAGCAUCUGUACGGCUCCGUUCCAUUCACCUUUUGGGGCGUCCCUUCUUUUUUCUCUCCUCCACACUUCCUCAAUUGUCUGGGGCACCCCUUUCUUGCCCCUCUCAUCCUCCACCUGUACCUCCAUCUCUUCACCCGUGCCUGUAUCCUUCGGUCCGACGGAGCCGCGAUGCGUCGGUUCAGCUCGGAGGGCUCCCUGCUGGGCAUGGACUUCCUGCCACGGCAGAAAGUGGCGCUGAAGGACCAUCACCGGGACGAGGAGUCAGGCACCUACACCCCGUACCGGGAGGGCGGCAAACCGGACGGAAGGCCCGACAAUCUACCCCCCAUCAUCCUCGAGCCCGGAGACGCCGCUGGGAAUGUGCCGGAGCGGGCCGAGCUGAACAAGGAGCACAGCGUCAGCGUGGAGAACCUCACGGGCCUGGCUCACCUGGGCGUGGGGAACCUCAGCGAGGGCUGCAGGGCGUACAGUGACGGGCAGCUGGCGCCCGCGUUGACCGGGGGUAGCAUGGAGAGUGUGGGCCAGGGGGGCCAGCCGCCACCCUCCCCGUCAUACUCGGCCGACAGUCCCAACCACUUCUCCUUCAAGUCUCAGCAACGGCACCACGCCAGGGCCAAGCUGUCGGCGGCCAAGCUGCACCUGAAAAGCCUCUUCGGACAGAGUCCUCAUUCAUCCCAUUCCAACUUGUUUAACCCAGAACAGAAAGAGCAGAAAGACCGUGCUAAAGAGAGGAGGUCUCGCCUCCCGUUCCUGCGCCAAUGGAGUGAAGUGGGCCACAGCAAGGCCAGGUUCAACCGGGAGGAACUCGAUAAGUGGGCCGAGUCGCUGAAUGCCCUUCUGGCCAGUCGGAUUGAGCUUGCAGGCACCCAUACCAACACAAGGAGUCGCUACGGCGCAACGAGGCAAUGCAACCUCGACCAACAUCCGUUCCACCUGAUGGAGGCUUCUGCCGGACCAAGUGCAGCCAGUAGAUGCAGUCUGGCAGGGUCAAGUUGUUACUGGCUGGUGAGACAGCCUGACGUGUGGCGUAGUCAACAAGCGCCUCCCUCAGUGGCUUUGCGCAAAGAAAAUAUGUUGCAACCCGCUGUCCAAGCAGAAACAAGAACGGGCGUGUCUGUCUUCGGGGCAUUCCUUCGCUCAGAGUUCAGCGAGGAGAAUCUGCAGUUCUACCUGGCCUGUGAGCAGUACAGGAACUCAUCCAACAACUUCAGCCUCCACCGCCGGGCCAAGGAAAUCACUGCCACCUACAUAGAGACGGGGGCGCCGCGAGAGGUGAACUUGGACAGUAAGACUCGAGAAUUGACUCGGCAGCUCCUGCAGGCUCCGUCCCACACGUCACUGUCCCACGCCCAGAAGCGCAUCUACUCCCUCCUGGACACCGACUGUUACCCCCGCUUCCUCCAGUCCCCCAUCUACCUCACCCUGCUCCAUGAAGCCGACUAGAGGCCGACGGCUCCAUUCACUCAGUGCGCCCGGACCUCGGCGGGACGCGAUCGAACGUCUUCCGCCAAAUUCCCCACAUUUACAGACAGUGUUCAUCCGUGUGCAUCGUGAUUGGAUCGGAACCGUGCAUUUUAACUGAGCCAACGUGGCUGAACUCCUAUGAGAUGGGUCCAAUUGGGCCCUGAGGCUCGAGUCCCAGUUUCCCCCCAGCCUCCGCUCUUCUCCCAAAGUGUACACUUGCACACUUUCUUGCAUGGAGUUGACCACGGCAGAAUCAGCAGUCUGUCUGGCCAGCGCUUGCAGAAAUGAGGGGCCGUCAGUAAGUAGAAGAGUGCAAGUGGAUACAUCUUUGUGUGACGGUCCACCUGUUGUAAAUGUGGGUGGGAUAACAGAUGUAGUUGGUUCAGUUAAACAAUGAAGAGUAAGGGAUAUAAGGGAAGGGGUUUUGGGUGUAGUCGUUCCAGUAGAGUUGAUGAGCAGGGCUGUUCAUUAGGGGAGGGGUUUGCAUGGAAGGAGAUUGUCACGCGAACAAAACAAGACUACGGGACGGGAGCCAGUUUUUUUUCCAUGACUUGGCGAAAGUGAGCCCAAGGCGGGGAGAAACUAUGCCGGUCUCGUUGUUUGUAAUAAUUAAACAUCCUCUUUUCUUUUGGCCUCAGUGGCAGCAGAGUCCCCCACAAUAGGUCCCCCCGCGGUCCAAUGAGCACGCACGGACAGCCGCGCUGACAGAAAGGGAAAAACAGGCCAGGCAAGACGGAGCACUCUAGUUAAAAAGGUCAAAGCACUUGGAGUUACUUAUGUGGUGUGGGUGGACGCCGGAGCGCUGGACUCCGGUUGUCGAGGGAAGGGGCCCAAACAAUUAACAUUUGUAAAGUUUGCCUAAGAAUGACGUCCAGGAACUGCUUUUUUUGCGGACUGCUUUGCAAAAGGAUUUCCCUCCAAAGCCCUCUUCUUAGAAUCCCUCAGAUCGUCUGGAAGACUAAAUAAUUUUUAAUAAUGUAUCACUAGUCAAUUACUUGAAAUGCUUGAGUCUUGCUUCACAGUUAUCGUACACAGGUAUGAAAAGAAAGCUACAUCAGGCCUCUGGCAGACAAAAGUCAUUAUCUGUUUGUAUGACGCUGGUUUUGUGGACCUGCACUGCUGUGGUCCGAACAGCAGAUGAACACAGACUAAUUUAAUUGGGCUGACCCUAGAGAGGACAGCACUUUCACUCCAGGCUCUACUGUAGAUAUUUUAAGCAGGAAUCUGAAGGGAGUCCCACAGAUAAAGGAUAAAAGAUUUAUUUAAAGUUGUGUCAUUCCUUUGUGCCUCGUUUUGUUGGUCGGACUAUUUUAAAGAUGAAGAAAUAAAUAUCAGUUUUUGUACAUACAA